AUGGCACUGCACGUCAGCAACGCGCAGCAGGUCAACGGCACGCAGUCGGCCUCUGCAGAGGAAGAAGAGCUGUAUGAUCAGCUGCUGCGCCUACGCGACUCUGUCAUCGCAGGGACACAUCCGCAGUUGAAGCUGUCGGCAGCCGCGAUUGAUGAAUUGCUCAAGGCACAGCGGCAUACUGCCACCGCAACUGCAGAGCCGUCGCCGCCGCCCGUCGUCAAUGGCUUCGCCGACAACGGUGUCGCUUUCGAUGCAAACGGCACUACUAACGCACCGCAGUCUUCGAUUGCACCGACUUUCGCCGGCCUGCCUGGACUGCAGGCUCCCAGCAACUCCCUCGUGAACAACUCAGUGCACACGCCUCACAAGCCCUCCUCCUCGGGUACUUUAGAUCCCAUCUUCCUGGAAAAGUCGGAUAGCCUUGUAAGAGCAGAAGGACAACUCAAGAGGCAACGCAUAGAGCGUGAGCUACAGACACAAUACGACCAGCGCAAGCCUGCACACGGCGCCCGCGACAAAGACGCAGCUGUUGAUGCUCCAGUGGCGCUCGACGUUGAGGACAUUCUUGUCAAAGCAUCCGCUCGUGAGCCACAUCUCUCUGGCUUAAUGCCACCAAAGCCUUCAACUCCGAGUUCGUUUGAUGAGAAUGAUUACUACUCGAGUCAAGUUGAGAGUGAAUGGAGUUCUCCUGAAAGCGCUAGUAAGGUUUCUGACCGCGCAGCAGGUGCGGACUUCACUGGAUUUCACGAAACGUCGAAUGGUGCAUCUGCCUCGCAUGUCAAAACUUCCAAUGCUGCACCUCAACUUGGGCAAAGUGCCAAAGAUCAUGCGGUCCAGGUCAAUAACCUUCAGUCUCAAGGUGUGUACCAUGUGGACGAUGAUGAUGACGACGACGAUGAGUACGAUCCUGAGGACGUCCCGGCAUUCGCAAGCUUUCCUAAUGGAAACAAUGUCCCUGUUGGAGGUCAUGUCACUCCACCUGAGGAUGAUGACGACUCGGAGUAUGAGCCAGGGGAGAUCACGCAAGAGAGUGCUGUUCCAACUCCAUACGAGCAACGGCAACCUCCAUCUCAACCAUCACCGCAAGUUCCAGUCAUCCGCAAUCAUCUGACUCACAUAGCCGCUCCCCAGCCAAAUCGAGUCUCGCCGCUUGCUGUGGCAAAACGCCCGAGCAUUGAACUCGAGUUGAUCAACGGUCGUCCCGAAGUGGUUCAGAAGAGUCGUCCCAAGCCCAAUCGUGCCAGCACCGGGUCACCGCCUUAUACUGGGACGGGGGCCAAGAAAGGUAAAAAGAAGAAGAGGAAGCGAGACCAGGAGCCAACGAAUCGCAACAAUAAGAAGUCGAGACGCGAGCGCAAUGCUGCAGCACAGUCACCUCCAUCUCCGGCACACAACCAGCCCUACAUUAAGGAUGAGCCGAUAUCGCCGCCCCCGUUCGCAAAUGUGCCGGAAGUGCAGCCAUUCGGUCAGAGGGCUGCCCAGUACCGACCUGCUGAGAUAGAUCUUGUCUCACCAAGGCACAUUCCACAAUCGACUCAGUAUGCGCAUGAGGCUCCUCGUUCUGGUUUGCGCUAUGAGUACGCUGCCCCAGCUUCGCCUGCCGUCGUACAAGUAGCGUCACCGGCUCACCGUGCCGUGCACAGAGAUACGCAGGACCUGAGGCGAGUUGCCAGUCUACACUACGCGCAGAGGCCUUCGUCUCCAGCACAGCGGGCGUACUCUCCAGCCCCUUCGCGAACGGUGUCCAUGACCUACGGUGACCCUCGAUUGUCGCGAGCAAUGGAAGUCGAGUCGCCACAAUAUCAGGAACCAGUGCCACCGGAGGCAGCACGCGAUGUGCGUCACGAACGCUCCAGAUCACCACCCAGACUACAAGAAUAUCAAGAUCCAUAUGCCCGAGUGUCCAGUCCCGCAAUGUUGCCGCCGCCGCCUGCAGCACCACCGCGCCGAAUCGUCGUGGACCAGUAUGGAAACCGCUACUACGCUGCUGAACCGGCUCCUAUCCAGCCGCCUCCACCCGCAAGAGCAUCUGUGGCUCCUGUCGAGCGACGGCCAGCGAUGGAAUUUGGAUAUGAGCGCGCACCUAGUCGCAUGGCAACCACUUACGGGCAGGCUCCAACACAAUACGAAGCAGCAGACCGCAUGGCACCGCCACCAUCACGUCGGCCGAUACCAGAUGAGCGAACGGCAUAUGUGGAUGCGGGUGGAUAUCGUGUCCGCGACUAUGAGCCUCCUAGCAGCCAGGUACGCUACGUCGAGGCCCCUACCUCGCCCACGUACCAGCCAGUCCCAGCAGCACGAUACGAGACCAUGGCACCUCCACCACCUCCAAGCGAGCCAACCUCACCGGUGUACGCACCCAUUCGAAGCUACAGCGUUCGUCCUGAGGAGUCAGCACCCAUGCCAACACCAACUGCAUAUGCACCCAGACAGGCCAGUGUUGCGCCCGUCCAAUACGCGCGUCAAGAACCAUCAGGAAUUGCAGCGACUCCAACGAGAGCGAUGAGUGUGAUGCCGGGAUACGAGCAGCCAACGUCAGCAAAGCGAGCCUACAGUCACGCGCCAGCGCAGGUGCGAUAUCUUGAUCAGUAUGGAAGAGAGGUGUUCCCUUCGGAAGUCAGGCAAAUGCCUGCAGCAGAUUAUCGGUAUCAGCAGUAG